UUUUUUCCUGGAGACAAGAUCCCAGGUUAUCUGUGAUAUGCACAAAAUACGUUCUUACGCUCGCAGGGCUGCAUGGUACGACGACGAAGGAGAAUCCACUCACAAUCCUUUCAAAAAGAUCCGUGUCAAUAGACGGCGCAAGCGAACCAGAGAUAUAGAACGCGAUCUCGCUCUCGAAGCGAGAGGACCUCCGCACUUUGCCGAUCCUGAAUCCCAAGAAAAAGACUCUCCUCCAACUUUAGCCGGUAGCGAAGAUGCAAUCAAUGUCUCGCGUGAUAUCGAUGGUGAAGAUGAUGGACCGAGACGUAGAAAAACGACGACUUCAGAUGCGCCAACCGUAGCCGAUGAUGCAGCAUCGGGGGAGUCUGGAAAUGGGAAACCCAAAUUUACUGUAGCCAGCCAGCUACGUGCGACUGUCUUCAACUCGUGGAUCAACCUGCUACUGUUCCUCGUUCCUGUCGGAAUCGCUUUGAACUAUACCAGUGUCAGUCGGACGGCGGUCUUUGUUGUUAACUUUUUAGCUAUCGUCCCACUGGCAGCGAUGUUGAGUUAUGCGACGGAAGAAAUUGCCCUUCGAACUGGAGAAACUCUUGGGGGUCUUUUGAACGCUAGUUUUGGCAACGCAGUCGAACUCAUUGUCGCUAUCAUCGCUUUGGUUCAUAACGAAUUCACCAUUGUCCAGACGUCUCUGAUUGGAAGUAUGCUUUCCAAUUUACUUCUGGUCAUGGGAAUGUGCUUCUUUUUUGGUGGUAUCAACCGCAUCGAGCAAAAGUUCAACGAAGUUGUUGCACAGACUGCAGCUAGUCUUUUGGCUCUUGCUGUUGCUAGCUUGAUUAUCCCGACGGCAUUCCACAAAUGGGCCAGCGGCGGUGCUACUCAUACUGAUGAGCUUUCACGCGGCACUAGUGUGAUCUUGCUGGUAGUUUACGGCGCCUAUCUGUUCUUCCAGCUCAAAUCGCAUGCAGAAAUCUACAAUGCCCCCAGUGAGAAAACAGAAAAGAGAAAUAAGUCUCGUGCCAAAGGUGACACCCAAAAGGGAAUCAUUGCGAUGAGUGCUCUUGGAGCCGGUAUGAGCAGUCAGACAGCUCAACGCGACCUUGAGAGCCGAGGCAGCCAAGAAGAGGAAGAGGAGAAGGAGGUUCCACAGCUUCACUUCUAUGUGGCGAUUCUCACCCUUGUCAUCUCUACAGUGCUAGUUGCUCUUUGCGCGGAGUACAUGGUUGACGCGAUCAGUGCGGUCACAUCGGGAAGCAAUUCCAUUUCGCAGACGUUUGUCGGAUUGAUCUUGUUGCCUAUUGUCGGUAAUGCUGCCGAGCACGCUACUGCCGUUACUGUUGCAGUGAAGGAUAAGAUGGAUCUUGCCAUUGGUGUGGCCGUGGGGUCGAGUAUGCAAAUUGCACUCUUGGUUCUUCCCUUGAUUGUCGUCAUUGGGUGGAUUAUGGGUAAAGAUGAAAUGACCCUCGACUUUGGUGACGGCUUCCAAGUUGUCGUUCUGUUCGUCGCCGUUCUACUGGUGAACUACCUAAUCGCCGAUGGAAAAUCUCAUUGGCUAGAAGGCGUUCUACUGAUGACACUCUACAUUAUCAUCGCCGUUGCUGCAUGGUUCUACGACUCUUAA